GAAGUUUGAAGGAGUGACAGGAUUGAAAUUAUCAGCAAGUGAGCAGCACGCUAGGAAGAACAAGCAGGCCGACGUUAAGGAGAGUUGCGCUUUCUUGUUGCCUUUGAUUGUCACUGCCAAAUGGCGCAGCCGUGCUUUGCCCACUGGCUGGCCGCUGGUCCACUAUCCCACCUAUUGUUCCAUCCUUUCACGCAAGUCUAGCCUUGUGAAGUAAUUUCGUGCUUCGUUUGCAGCUAGUCAGAUGCCCCGUGCGCUGUCAUGAGAUUGCAGGCCUUCUGCUCCGCCGGCGCCGGCAUCCAAGUACGCCGACCGAGAUACGACUUGAAUACGGAGACCUGGUCGAGACAUAAUUUGUUCAACACCCGUAUCCAACACGCACCUCAUUCUAUCAACCUUUUGCAUAAUUGCCUUCGAGCAGAAGUGAGACCUAGACAGUCGCAUCGCACCCAGGAACCCAAGACUACGCCGAGAAGCAAAGGAUCUAAUGACGGCGCGUGUCUUGCUCUGCCGCAGCUUGUCACGUUCUCGAGAGAAACGUUCUUUUCUGACAUCGUGACAAUGCAUGCUUCCUUUGCCUUGGCUUUGACUUCACAGCCUCUGCUGUCAUCCGUCACUAGACACCUUGCCCACCGAUUUACACCUCGGUUUUGUACACCUUGCGACUUUUUACACCUCCCCGAUCGGCAUUUUGAAACGUGUGCGGGACUGAUGUAAUAGGGUCUAAACCCACAUAUUUUGGCGAAUAGGAGAGGUCGCUCCUACGAAGCCGCCAAGUGAUGAACAUCGAUUUCCCAAUUAGG